CAGUGGGGAUCGUUUUGCGGACGCACAUCUGUCGCUCUCUUCUUACACGUCAUUCAUUUCUCUGCUAGAUUUUGGAGUGUGUGCACAAUAAGCGCAUAAAUCAUGUCUAAUUCUGUAUUUUCUGUUAUAUCGCGUUUUGUGGAGGAGUACAGGAGCAGUACGCCGAACAAACUAAAGGUGAUCGAUGCUUAUCUGCUGUAUAUAUUGCUGACCGGAGUCUUUCAGUUCCUCUACUGUCUCCUGGUGGGAACAUUUCCCUUCAACAGCUUCUUAUCUGGAUUCAUCUCCUGUGUGGGAUCUUUCAUACUGGCCGUUUGUCUUCGUAUCCAGAUUAACCCACAGAAUAAAGGAGAAUUUCUGACGGUGUCACCUGAGAGGGCAUUCGCUGACUUCCUGUUUGCUCACACUGUUUUGCAUCUAGUGGUUGUCAAUUUUGUGGGCUGAAUAAGACCACGUGCCCAGUUUCUCUUAGUACAGAUAAGAAGACCAAAUUUUGAAGCCUGAGUCUCAGGUGCAGAACAACUACAACAUCACUCUCUGUGAUUCCCUCAAUAUGUUAAUAUAUGUUUUGGCAUAAUUAUCAUUUGUGAUGAAUUCUUGUCCACAUGAUCCCUAAAAAUGUUUUCUACUUUUCUAAAACUGUUUCUAUAAGUUACUGAAACAGAAUAAAUGCCUUAAAAAAAUUAUGAAAAGUU